AUGGCGCACCACGACCUAGUCGAGCUGGACUCCCUAGAAAUCCUCGUCAUCGUCGACAACGAACUCGACCCCAUCUCUCCCAGUCCAAAUCCCGCGGUAAAACAAUCAGGCACCUUGAGAGACAUCUCCUGGGCAAGUGCACCACUGCCUCAAAAUGACCGUGCGGAAUGUGAUCGAGAAAUCCGCAUGGAUGAAGUCUGCUGCAGCGCUCAUGGACUUUCAUUGAUGGUGACGGGGUACAGAGGCGACGAACAACAUACGAUCCUGUUCGACACCGGCCCGGAGGAGGUAGCAUGGGAGCGCAAUGCUCAACGCCUCAAGGCUGAUAUCAGCAAGAUUGAAGCCAUCCAAUUGUCUCACUGGCAUCGAGAUCACUCGGGCGGAAUGCUGAAAGUACUUCAGAUGGUAGAAGAGGCGCGCAUCCAACAGGGGAGCCAAGCCAACCCCGUGAUCGUAGACCUCCACCCGGCCCGGCCAGAGUUUAGAGGCAUGCAACCCCCUGGAAGGAACCCUUUCUCGUUUAUAGCAGAUCCAACCUUCGAUGAGAUUGAGCAAAUGGGCGCGAAGGUCUCCAAAAACGAUCAGCCGCACACGGUGCUCGACAACUUCUUUCUGGUAUCAGGCGAGAUCCCAAGAGUGACUCCGUAUGAGAAGGGGUUGAAAUUUGGCGUCAGGUUCGACGCGAAAAAGCAGGCCUGGGAGACUGAUACUGAGAUGCGAGAUGAGCGGUUGUUGAUGUGUAAGCUGAAGGGUACGUAUUUGCUCGCUUCAUAUCUCUUCUUGAGACUGACAGUCGCAAGGCAAGGGAAUCGUGAUGUUCACAGGCUGUAGUCACGCGGGCGUCGUCAACGCUGCUCGAUGCGCAGGUGCACUUGGUGGUGGAACUCCAUUGUACGGAGUGAUGGGGGGAUACCAUCUUGCCGACGCCGAUCAAGAGCAAAUAACGAGUACGGCGUCUGAUCUUGGAGCACUGAAUACACAGAUGAUGCUGGCUGGACACUGCACGGGGUGGCGAGCAAAGUUUGAGAUCCAGAAUCAGAUGCCGGGUAGACUGGUCCCUUCAUUUGUCGGCUCCAAAUUCGUACUAUAG